AUGGAGGCCAACGGGCAUUCACAAUCCCACGGUCUGCUUGUGCUUCAUCACCAGCUGCCUUCAACCCACAGCCAGCCUGCAGCCAUGGCGUUCAACGGAACCUGGAAGGUCGACCGCAGCGAUAACUAUGACAAGUUCAUGGAGCAAAUGGGUAUUAACAUCAUGAAGAGAAAGCUGGCAGAGCACGACAACCUGAAGAUCACCAUCGAGCAGACCGGGGACAAGUUCCACCUCAAAGAGUCCAGCACUUUCCGCACCAAAGACAUCGACUUCACCCUGGGCGUCCCGUUCGACUACAGCCUGGCUGAUGGCACAGAAGUCUCAGGUACGUGGGAGAUGGAUGGUGACAUGCUGAAAGGAAAGUUCACCAGGAAAGACAACAGCAAGGUCCUGACCACCACCAGAGCAGUGGUGGGAGGAGAGCUCGUACAGACUUAUAACUAUGAGGGAGUGGAUGCUAAGAGGAUUUUCAAGAAGCAGUAACCCGGAGUGCAAAGUUCAUAUUUUAUUUUUAUAUAGAUGACACGAUGUAGAUGUGUUUUUUCUAACAAUAAGAUAUGGCUAAGUCAAGUGUUUUCUACAUCACAUACCUCAAAAUGUUUUCCAGAGUUUGAAAGGAGGAGUAGUCGACCAUAGCAUUGCACUGUGAGAGGGUGACAAGCCAAUACCAAGACUAAGGGAGACCGCCCGUCGCCAUUUCAGCCUAAUGUGCCUUAGAAAGAAUCUUAACAACCAGUAUCCCAGAAAUGGCUACAGACUCUUGUGGCAUCCACUCAUGCAGAUAGUUGGUUUCUCUUUGCCCAGAUUUUGAGAUAUUUGUCUCGGAGAUUUAUAAUUCCACCCCACUACCAAAGAGGAGGAUGGAAUUUUGUUUGUGUUUCUCCCUGCAUUGAAAAACGACAUUUUGAAAAAUUCAACCGCAGCUUGUCUUUUCAGAAACAACGCCCCGGUUACUGGUGAUAAUCCACAGAACAUGUGAACAGUUUUCACAGGGACCACUUCACUGGUAACAGGAGCAUUGUGUUUGAAAAUACAUGCCAGUGUUGAAUUCUUUUUAAAUGUAGUUUUCAAUGCUGUGAGCAAUGCUGAUGGGAAUUCUUCCAGCUCCUUGGUAUCAGGGCGGAGGCAGAAAUCUUAGAGUGAAUGGCUUAAAAUCAGGGUGAAAAGUACCAGAAAUAUCAACAUGAUAGGAUACAACUGUGACGAACUUACCCUUCAAAUGACUCCAGUGUGUCAAGAAAAACACCUAGUCCUCCACUGGACUGCAUCACUGUAAUGGAAAACUGCACAAUGAUGACCACACACAACAUGACAUAGUCAAUUUGCACUAAUGGUUCUUCUAUAUCAUAGUCUGUAACAAUAAAGCAACUUUCAUGUGUCA